CAGGAGGGUGACGUCAUACUGGAUGCAGGGAUCAGAUAAAUGUGCUUAUGGAGCAACUGGUGAACCACAAGCGAACCAGAAGGGAUCUGCAGAACAGGUCACAGAGCUUUUGAGUGGCUGUGCUGAAACUUUGCAAUAAUGGCUUACACUGUAUCCCUUUCUGGACCAGGACCAUGGGGAUUUCGACUUCAAGGAGGAAAAGAUUUCAACAUGCCUUUAACCAUUUCCAGAGUCACCCCAGGAAGCAAGGCAGCCCAAUCAAAUGUGAACCAAGGAGACUUAGUUGUUGCAAUUGAUGGAGUUAGCACAGAAGGAAUGACCCACUUAGAAGCACAAAACAAGAUUAAGUCUGCCAGCUACAAUCUUGGUCUUACCCUCCAGAAGUCCAAGCGUCCAGGACCAGUUCCAAUAGCGACACCACGAAUGGAUUCCCCCAUGCCUGUGAUCCCUCAUCAGAAGGUUAUAGCCAACACUCUUGCCAACCCUGAGUAUGUGGAACGAUUCAACCCUAAUGUUUUGAAAGACUCUGCCCUCUCCACCCACAAGCCUAUUGAGGUGAAGGGUCCUGGGGGGAAGGCUACUAUUGUUCACGCUCAGUAUAACACCCCAAUCAGCAUGUAUUCUCAAGAUGCGAUUAUGGACGCUAUUGCUGGCCAAGCACAAGCCAGAGGCAGCGAUCUCACCGGUGGUGCUGAAGCUUCAGAGGUUAACAUGCCAGUUAAAGAUCCUCUCAUAGACAUUGCUUCUCCAGUAUAUCAGGCUGUGGUUAAAAAUCAGGGUAAAAAUGAGAAUGAGAUUGAAGACUGGACACGUCGUGCAGCCAACCUCCAGUCUAAGUCUUUCCGUGUCCUUGCACAGCUGACUGGAACAGAAUACAUGCAAGAUCCUGAUGAAGAUGCACUAAGGAGGUCAAGGGAAAAAUUUGAAACGGAACGUAACAGCCCACGCUUUGCCAAAUUACGCACCUGGCAUCACGAUCUUUCUGCACAAAUCCUUAAUGUUACAAGUUAAAUGCCCACGUGUAACACAAUAUCUAUUGACAAAUAACAAAGAACAUUAAAAUGCAAUACAUACUAAGCAGUUAUGAUUAAAAAAGAUCAUAUACAUAUAUAAAUAUAUAAAUAGACAACAAUGGGUGUGUUCUCUUAGCGCAUGUUACUACUUUGCCUCUGAUGUUAGCUUUGUAAACAUUCGUUGUCAAUAAAAUAUAAAACAAAAAAUAGUGCUUGUAAAGAGAUUAUUUUCUUUUGCUUUGUGUUAUAAUUCAAAUGUAAAAAUAAAAUACAAUUUUGAGAUUAAAAAGCUGCUAAAUCUCUUUUAUGUUAAAAAAAAAAGUUAGUUUUCUUUGAUGUUUGUUUAAGCUGGUGUUGUGGGGAUAGGAAAGUAGAAAAUGGAACAUUUGAAUAUGAGAAAUGUCUGAUACUUGCCUGCUAUGUAGGUCAGUUAUGAAAAAGGAAGGCUUUGAAGGUUUUUUGUAUUAAUAUUCACUUUGGGCGGCUUUAUGCUUUGUAGAGUUUAUAUAUUAGGCAAUAAUAUGUCUAAAACAAACGUAGCAGGAACACAUCUUAUUAACUUCUACAAUAUAUAAGUUUAGCUUAGAUAUAAUUUAAAUGAUUUCAAAUGAAUUAUGAAUAUAUAUUUUUCUAUCAAUGAAAAAAAUUGAAACCAAAUUCCAGUAGGCAAAUUAAUAUUGCCUUUAAAUCACACUAAAGUCCUUAUUACACUUAAUAAGCACUUAAAGGAACAUUUGUAACCUUAAAGGGAAAUGAACCCCAAUUUUUUUCUUUCAUGAUUAAGAUAGAGCAGGCAAUUUUAAGCGACUUUCUAAUUUACUCCUAUUAUCUAUUUCCUUUGUUCUCCUUGUAUCUUUAUUUGUAAAAGCAGAAAUGUAAGCUUUGGAACCGGACCAUUUUUGGUUCAGCACCUUUGGUCGGCUCUAAAGCUUAGAUUUCUGCUUUUUCAAAUAAAAAUACCAAGAGAACGAUGAAAAAAUGAUAAUAGGAGUAAAUUAGAAAUUUGCCUAAAAUUGCAUGCUCUAUCUGAUUCAUGAAAUAAAAAAUGUGGGUUUCCUAUCCCUUUAAAUAACAUUUACCUUCACUGAAAUCUCCUUUGCUUCUUCUGAAAAAGACAAAGCUGCCCCAAUGCAUAUUGCUGUCUACUAAAUUUGCGCUUCUGUGCAAUACUCCUGUAUCAGGUCAUGAUUGGCUGUGGAAAUACAGCUUUUCCACAUCCAUUACAAGAGAAAUCCACACCAAAAAAAAGCAUUUUUGGACAGCAAUGGAAAGAGAUGCAUUUAGUGGUGCUUUCUGCAAUCUCAGCAUAAGUGAAGAGGAUUUUAGGGUAGCUAAAUAUUAUACAACAUAUUUAUUUAUUUUUGGUUUUUGAAUUAACUAUGGAUUUCUACGUUCCUUUAAAAGACAACAUAUGACAUAUUGUAAGAGCAUUUAUGAAAUAAAAAAGGAGAAAAAAAACAUACAUUAACAUUUUUACUGUUCUAGAGUUUGGUUCAGAUACAUUUGGCUUAGUUAAUCUGUGUUUUUGAGAGUGAAUUGAAGUUGCACUUUAUUAGCAGCUUCCGAAAAUAUCUGUACAUUUGUAUUGGCUGCUGACAGAAUAGACUUUAAUGGCAUUGCUGGCCAGUUAGAUCGAUUGAUAUUCUUUUUUGCUUUUGGUAGGUAGUUCAGAGAGACAUUUGUAAAUCAUCUAUUAAUCAUAACUGUUUAAAUAGAGAGACAAACAAUUGUGGUCAGUUAACAUAAAUGAUUGAUACAGAAAUUGAAAAUAUUGUUAAUGUCUCCUGAAUUUUAUAGUUUUUAAGGAAUCAGAUUUACCCAUUGUGUGUAUCAAGUCUUUCAAUGACUUUAAUUAAUAUAGUAGGUAUUUGAUUUCCUGUGCAUUUUUUAUUUACACACUGGCUGCAUAUAAUAGGGUGCUUUAGUAAGGAGUUAAAUAGUAACUAUAUACAAUAUUGAUGUUCAUAUGAGAUGUUUUAUUCGCUGUAAUGUUGUGUCGCUUUGGGUUAGAACUAUUCUGUACUGCUUUUGCUUAUGCUUCUGUAUGAAUAGUGGAUUUUUUUUGUUUGUGAAAAUAAAAUAGUUCAAAUCAAAA